UAUACAAAAUGUAAUUUGCUUGUAUUUUACUAUUUGCCAAAACAUAAUACUUGACAGAUGGCCAAUGUCUCCCGUAACGAAUAUAGGCCAGCAUUGCACCAUAUUUGCGAGCCAGCGAAAAGAUCUAUUAACUCUGGUUGAACGAAAUUGGCAGCACUUUUAAAAUAUGUUGAACACUUUUGAACGAGGUGGUCUUGCUACUGCUCAUCUAAUCAAUGAUGCCGUACCUGUCGAAAUCGUUUGGGGGAACGAAACUUCAUUAGAGUUGCCGGGAAAUCGCCGUUUAGUAUGUCAUUCAAAUAAUGACGUACUCCGUGCACUUGCUCGUGCAGCUCCUGACUAUAAAUUAUAUGGAGAAACUGCAAUCGAGCGUACACAAAUAGAUCACUGGCUAUCAUUUUCGCUUACCUGCGAGGAAGACAUUUCGUGGGCAAUGUCUUUUCUAGAUAAAUCCAUAGCUCCGGUAACAUUUUUAGUUUCAAACAAACUAACAAUAGCAGAUUUUGCGUUAUUUAAUGAAAUGCACUCACGUUACGAAUUCUUAAGUGCUAAAGGUAUACCACAACAUGUCCAGCGCUGGUACGAUUUGAUAUCAGCACAACCACUUAUUCAAAAAGUUUUAACCACUUUACCGGAAGAAGCUCGUUCAUCUGUCAAACGCAUCAAUCGUACUAAUGGAGUAAAGGAUCGCGAGACAACACCUUCAAAAACAAGUGAACGUAAACAAGAAGGAAAAUUCGUUGAUUUGCCGGGUGCAGAAAUGGGAAAAGUUAUAGUUCGUUUUCCACCAGAAGCUUCAGGAUUUUUGCAUAUAGGACACGCCAAAGCCGCUCUUCUUAAUCAAUAUUAUGCUCUAGCAUUUGAUGGUACUUUAAUUAUGCGAUUCGAUGAUACAAAUCCAGCUAAAGAAACAGUUGAAUUUGAAAAUGUUAUUUUGGGCGAUUUGGAGCUCCUGGAAAUAAAACCAGAUUUGUUUACGCACACAUCAAAUUACUUCGACCUUAUGCUAACAUACUGCGAGCAAAUGAUUAACAAUGAUAAAGCAUAUGUGGAUGAUACACCACCAGAUCAGAUGAAACUUGAACGUGAACAAAGAGUAGAAUCUCACAAUCGCACUAACGAUGCCAAGAAAAACAUGUCGAUGUGGCAGGAAAUGAUAAAGGGUACUGAAUAUGGGCAGAAAUGUUGUGUCCGAGCGAAAAUCGAUAUGCAAUCUGCAAAUGGUUGUAUGCGUGAUCCAACUAUUUAUCGUUGUAAAAAUGAACCUCAUCCACGAACUGGCACAAAAUAUAAGGUUUAUCCAACAUAUGAUUUUGCAUGUCCCAUAGUUGAUGCAAUUGAAAAUGUUACACAUACUUUACGCACAAUGGAAUACCACGAUCGCGAUGAACAAUUCUACUGGUUCAUUGAUGCAUUAAAACUUCGUAAGCCAUAUAUAUGGGAGUACAGCCGUUUAAAUAUGACUAACACUGUUCUGUCGAAACGUAAAUUAACCUGGUUCGUUGAUUCUGGACUUGUUGAUGGAUGGGAUGAUCCUCGUUUUCCUACUGUUAGAGGAAUCAUACGUCGUGGUAUGACAGUUGAGGGUCUUAAGGAAUUUAUUAUAGCACAGGGAUCCAGUAAGUCUGUAGUGUUUAUGAAUUGGGAUAAAAUAUGGGCAUUUAAUAAAAAGGUUAUUGAUCCGAUUGCACCGCGAUACACUGCCUUGGAAUAUAACAAUCGUGUAUUAGUUAAUGUAGCUGGAGCAAAAACUGAACGUAUAGAAGUACCUGUGCAUCCCAAAAAUGAAAGUCUCGGCAAGAAAUCAAUAACACUCGCACCACAAAUUUAUAUUGACCAAGUCGAUGCAGAAGCGCUGAAGGAAGGAGAAAACACUACUUUUAUUAACUGGGGAAAUCUUUUGAUAAAUAAAAUAAAUAAAGAUACAAAUGGUAAAAUCACUUCCAUUGAUGCUUCGUUAAAUUUGGAUAAUAAGGACUUCAAGAAAACGCUAAAACUUACUUGGUUAGCUGUUGAAAAUGAUGUACGAGAGUACCCACCAACUUUCUGUAUAUAUUUCGAUCACAUCAUAAGUAAACCGGUACUGGGAAAAGAUGAAGACUUUAAACAAUUUAUAGGGCACAAGACUCGGGAAGAAGUUGAAAUGCUAGGUGAUCCAGAAUUAAAGAAAUGUAAAAAAGGCGAUAUUAUACAAUUGCAACGUCGUGGUUUCUUUAAAGUCGAUAAUGCAUACGCCCCGCCAAGUGUUUACAGUGGUGUCACAUCACCAAUUGUGCUAUUCUCCAUUCCUGAUGGACAUACGAAAGAUAUGCCAUCUUCUGGUUUGAAAAUUAAUGCUGCAACUGCAACAGACACAAAUAAAAACGUUGCUCCAUUGUCAAAAAAACAGAACGAAUCCGAUUUGGAUAAGAAAAUAGUUAACCAAGGCGAUUUUGUACGCAUUCUUAAAAAUAAAAAGGCACCAAAAGCUGAAAUCGACGUCGAAGUCAAAAAGCUGCUUGAACUCAAGGCAGUCUACAAGUCAUCAACUGGCAAAGACUGGAAACCUGGACAGAGUGCAACAAAUACACAAAGUGAAAGUAGCUUUUUCAGUUGUUCUGCAAAGAAAACCACUGAAAAAGCUACUAAGACCCAAAAAACUGAAUUAAAAAAUGCCUCGAAAACGGAAAUACCAACUGGCGCUGCUAAGAAACAAACUCGUUUAGGCCUUGAAGCAACCAAAGAAGACAAUCUGCCUGAGUGGUACACACAAGUUAUAACCAAAGGUGAACUUAUUGAAUACUAUGACGUUUCCGGCUGUUACAUUCUACGACAUUGGUCAUUUGCUAUUUGGAAGUAUAUAAGAUCUUGGUUUGAUGGCGAAAUAACAAAAAUGGGGGUAAAAGAAUGUUAUUUCCCGAUGUUUGUUUCAAAAGCAGCUUUAGAAAAGGAGAAAACGCAUAUUGCUGACUUUGCACCUGAAGUAGCUUGGGUUACUAAAUCCGGUGAGUCUGAUUUAGCUGAGCCAAUUGCAGUACGUCCAACGUCUGAAACAGUUAUGUAUCCUGCAUAUGCAAAAUGGGUUCAGUCAUAUCGUGAUUUACCGAUUCGCCUAAAUCAAUGGAAUAACGUAGUCCGUUGGGAAUUUAAACAUCCGCAACCAUUUUUACGUACACGAGAAUUUCUUUGGCAAGAGGGACAUAGCGCUUUUGCAAACAAAUCCGAAGCUGAAAAAGAAGUUUUAGAUAUAUUAGAAUUGUAUGCACAAGUCUACACAAAUCUCAUGGCAAUACCAGUCGUUAAAGGACGAAAAACGGAAAAGGAGAAAUUUGCAGGUGGUGAUUACACAACUACAGUUGAAGCAUUUAUAUCUGCUUCAGGUCGUGCAAUUCAGGGCGCAACAAGCCAUCAUUUAGGACAAAACUUUUCAAAAAUGUUUGAAAUCGUUUUCGAAGAUCCGGAAACUCAGCAAAAAGAAUUUGCAUGGCAGAAUUCAUGGGGUAUAACAACGCGUACUAUUGGUGUUAUGAUUAUGGUUCAUUCUGAUAAUCAAGGAUUGGUUUUGCCGCCACAUAUAGCGUGCAUUCAAGCAAUCAUUGUACCAUGUGGAAUUACUGUUAACACGAAAGAAGAUGAACGGGAACAAUUAAUGCAAUCAUGUAAAAAUCUCGAAAGACAAUUGAGUGCGAAAGGUAUACGUUGCGAAGGAGAUUACCGUGAUAAUUACUCUCCAGGCUGGAAAUUCAAUCAUUGGGAAUUAAAAGGUGUUCCUAUUCGUAUUGAAGUCGGACCUAAAGAUAUGAAAGCAAAUCAAAUUGUAGCAGUACGCCGCGAUUCAGGUGAAAAAUUGAUUUUAGCUUUGGAUGAUGUCGACUCAAAAAUUCAGCAACUUCUUGAAACAAUUCACGAUAGCAUGUUGGCGAAAGCACAAUCAGAUUUGGUUCAGCACACAAAAAUAACAAAGAACUGGUCCGACUUUUGCAUGUUUUUAGAUCAGAAGAAUAUAUUACUUUCUCCAUUCUGUGGUGAAACGUCAUGCGAAGAUAAAAUCAAAGCCGAUAGUGCAAGAGAUCAAGAAGCUGAGCCUGGUGCUCCAGCUAUGGGUGCUAAGUCGUUAUGCAUACCAUUCGAUCAACCAGCUGCCAUAACAGUAGCUGACAAAUGCAUUCAUCCAAGCUGCACAAAUAAACCUAAAUUUUACACGCUGUUUGGGCGUAGCUAUUAAAAAGCAUGUAAAAAAUUGGGAUUCAAUUCGAUUGAAUUUAAUAAAAAUAAAUUAAACUUUUAAUGUUAUACAUAUUUGAAAAAACUUUUACAAUUUUGUUAA